AGUAUUCGCAGUCCGUAGAUCGCAGUUCGUCGUAAUUGGACGUCGCAGUUGUUUGCGGUCGCUCGCUCUAUCCUGAUGUUGACUCAUGGGCUCUCGAAGAUGUGCGGUACGAUAUAAAUUGCGCGUGCGAGCCCGUUGAUUAAACAUCGCGCAUCGUUGCGCAAUCCUCUGCGGUGAGCCCGGCGGCGCCAUCCUCCAGCAGCCCUCAUCCCGGUAGCCGCACACUGAAUUUAUGGCAUCAUCCGACUCGGCACAAUUGAGCGACAAGUGAAUUUGCAUAACGAAUCGAUUCCGCGCUCGAUGCUGCCUCAACUGCGAAGGCCACGUUAAUUAUCGCGACGAUAUCAUCGUGCAGCGUGCCGCCGUCGUCCGAUCUAGUUCAGGAAUCUCCUCCCUACCAGAGCGUCUCGCUGAUUAGCAUAACAGACAGAGAGAGAGAGAGAGAGAGAGAGAGAGAGAGAGAGAGAGAGAGUACGUACAGAGUGGACAUCCGGGAAGUGUGACCCCGAAGACCUAGUGAUCGAAUCCGACGACCAGGUUCUUUUUUUAUACCGCCUGGUGUUUUCCAUCAGUUGCGCGAACGAGUAAUCAAUAUGGAUCGAGUGUACGUGGACAAAGAGACCGGCGAGGAUCUGAUUCAUUCGGUCUACGAUUGUGAUAUUUGCCGUUCAACCGAUUCGACGACGAUAAACGAUGCGGAGACUGGGGAGCCAGAAGUCAGUCUCAUGGAUCACGACACGGUCACAUGUCAUCUCAAAAAAGUGCCAUUUCAGAUACCGAAAGAAGUGAAGGAAAAGACAUCGAAAAAACGCCAUCAUAUGGAGCUGGAGCCAGUUCCAGCGGGUGCUUCUUUUGGUCAGAUAAAUCCCAUCUGUUUGUUUUUACCGGCAAUCAUCUACUUCCGCUGGUUCCUCGCUUUGUUGAUGCUCUUCGAGGUCAUUCUGCACGUGUGGGCACACCACAAGAACAAGAGCCUGAAAAAUGCCAAUGUGUACUUCCGUUCACCAUUCCACGACAUCUCUGCCGAGUUCUGCGCUCUCUGCCAGAACGAAACGUGCAUGAAUCGUGUCGGGAAGAUGCACCAGAUUCGAAUGCACAAAUUUCUGCGACAAUGCAACUACAUGAAGAGAGUUGUGACGUGACUCGAGCGAAGCAAGCGUAUCUGGCGAUAUCCUAAGCGUCAUGGAAUUUUAAAAUGAUAACGAUAAUUAUAAUUUGUUACUUUAAACUUUACAAAAGUUGUUCUACAUAAAAUAACUAUUAUUUUAUAUACAACAGUUAUAUAUAACUUGUUACAUAUAUUAUAUAUAUUAUGGCUGUUAUAUUUUUAUUCUUCUUUGGUGAUAUUUGACGAGCGAUUAAAAUCUAUUUUCAUGUUAAGUUUUGUAUCCCCCAUAUAACGUAUAAAACUUAAGAUAUACGCAUGUAUUUCUAAGAGUUGCAAGUUUGGCAAGUUUUUUAGGAAUCGAGAAUGUUAUAACAUACCAAAUAUGAAAAAAAACAAUUUUAUAUUGUUCCUUUUUGUAUUACAGUCUUGUAAAAAAGUUUUCAUUAAAAUUUUUUUAGUCAGGAUUUACAAAUAUAAAAUAAAUGAUUAUGUAAA